GCUGCAACACAAAAACAACUUGUAACUUGCAUCCAACACAUCAGUCUUUCGCAAAACAUUGAGCUCAAGUAUGCCACUUUUUGGCAAGGAUUUUCAUAACGAUUGGCCAACGUAUGAUUUUGAUAAACAUUUAACACCAUUUGGCCAAGACCUCAUACAAAAAUGUUUGGAUAUUGAAAAACCUAAGGAACAACUAGUGGAUAUACAAGAAUUUAUGCAAAAAUCUAAUGAAUUUCCCAUAAAAUUCCCCAUCGAUAGUUGUCGUAUAAAAUCACAACCGGUGGAAUGUCAUGUUGAUAUACAGCGACAAAUUGCUUCGGCAUAUCCACUGAUGCAUGAGAAAGUAUUGUAUUUGAUAGUAGAUUUCUUGGAACACAAAUUGAAGUAUGGAUCCACUAUAGAAAAACAACUUUAUAAAGACAUGACCAUAACUGAAUUUGUACAACGUUUACUUACGAAACGUUGCAUCAGUUUUGUGGGAUUUCAUGACAGCUAUAUACUGAUCACAGGAGAAACGGGCCAUGGAGAAAAGUAUCUUAAAAUUGGUACCGAGGCAGAAGAGGAACCCUUAGUACUGGCAAAUGUUUUAAGUUAUGAUGAAAUUAAGAUUUCAGCACUGUUGUCGGUUGCUUCACAUAGCGAUUUCAUAAAUGAUGGUCGUCGUCAUAAUGGUGGUAAAAUUGAAAAAGAUUAUGAAAAAAUCGAAAGACAGGGUGUAGUCGUGGGUAUUAUAGGGGCACGUUUUGCCCGUCCCUUUAGAAUGGAAUAUGAAGAUAUAAUUAUUUGCAAAGAACAAAAUAUUACAGAAAUGGGUUAUGGUUGUCAUGGAACAACAACGGAGGGAGAUUUAAAAGAUCCCACCACUUUAUGGCAAUAUUUAUUGCCCAUAAAAAAAACUGAGCAAUUGGAAAAAUUGCAAGAUUAUAGAAAAGUCUGGCAAAAGUUCUAUGAAGAAUCAGAUCAUUUAUAUAAAAAAGUCUCUUUAGAUAAUAAACGCUUUGGGGAAUGCUACAAGCCUGAGGCUAUUUUCGAUAAUUUAAUGAUGAAAAAACGCUUUGCUUUACCUUUUGAUUUGCUGCUAUUGGAGGCCAAUGCAAGAGCUUUAAAGGUCCAAAAAUUAGCCUAUAUACAUGUGGUGGGUAUAGGUUUGGGUGUAUGGCUGGCCGCACCACAACAGGAACAAAUCUUUUUAGCUUGUUUCCAGCAGCGUUUGAAAUAUCUAUUGCCACAACUGAACAAUAUAGGAGUGUUGCAUUUUUCUUGGUUUAAAUCGCAAGAAUGGCAAGAUUUAAAAAACGAGUCCAUUAUUAAAUCGGCUACACAUUCUCAAGGAGGCAUAAAGAUAUUAAUCUCCAAUAGAAAUCCUAAUGAAAAAUUGACUUCUCCCUAUGAGGGUAUGUUGCCCGUAGUGUCAUUCGCUUGGGAUGGUAACUCCUUACCGGGUAAUGAAUUUUGGAUGGGUUCUUUGGUUUCCUCUAAUGAUCCUUCGGCUGCUUGCAGUACUUUAAUUACCGAACUAUUUAAUCCUCAUAUUAAUACGAAAUAUGUCAAUGGUAAUAAUCUAUAUCUGGCGUCUCCCAAAUACGGUAUUAUACAUAUAAAAGAUUAUGUCGAAAAGAUUUUAAGUUAAAUUUUUUUUAAAGAAAUUUUAUCAAAAUUAAUGUCAAUAAAUCUUAAUCAGCGAAAUUAGUUAAAGACAAA